AUGCCCUUCACUCUCGAUCCAGCCAUAGGCGCCGCUCUGGCUGCCCAGAUGGGCCCGGAUCCUCCUCCGCCUCUGGCAGUAAGACCUACUACACCAGCAACAUGUAAACAGAACCAUUAAAUCCACCCACAGGUCGGAGACGUCCAGGGCCGCCGAAGACAACUCGACCUCUUCUUCUCGGGCGUCGUAAACCAGCUCCCGGACCCCCAAGACGUCUCCACCCAAGACUUCACCACGCAAGCCGAAGACGGCCACACCCUCACCCUCCGCUGGUUCACCAAGACCGGCACCCAACCCCCCGGCUCCGCAGUCCUCUACGCCCACGGCGGCGGCAUGAUCGCCCUGGGCCUCAAGCACUACGACCAAAUCAUCAAACGCUACGUCUCCCGCACGGGCGUCCCCUUCCUCCUCGUCGACUACCGCCUCGCCCCCGAAGUCCAAGCCCCCAUCCCGGUGACGGACACCUACACCGGCCUGCGCUAUCUGCACUCCCACGCCUCCGACCUCGGCAUCCAACCCUCCCGCAUCGCAAUCAUGGGCGACUCCGCCGGCGGCGGCAUCACGGCUUCCCUCGCCCACUACAUCAAACUCCGCGGCGGCGGUCCCCCCGUCGCAAAACAAAUCCUCAUCUACCCGAUGCUAGACGACCGCAACACGGCGCCGGACCCUCUCCUCUCCCCUUUCCUCACCUGGACCACAGCCGACAACGCCACCGGCUGGACCGCCCUCCUCGGCGCCCGCAUCGGCGCAGACGAUGUCAAUGUCCUGGAAGCCGCGGGUCGCAUGACCGCUGCGGAAGCCAGGGGUCUCCCGCCCGCAUACAUCGACGUCGGGGGAUUAGAUCUCUUCCGGGACGAAAGUAUCGAAUACGCGCGUACCUUGGGCAAGGGCGGCGUGAGUGUAGAAUUACAUGUCAUUCCCAAUGCACCACACGCGUUUGAGGGCUUCGCUCCCGAGGCAGAGAUCUCGAGAUUUGUCAUGGACAUGCGGGAGAAGGUGAUUAAGAGCAUAUAA